CUUCCACUCUCUUACUCUCCUACCACUCUUCUCUCUCUCUUUCCCCACUCCUUAACAGGUUUCCCCAACUUUUUCCAGACGCUUGACACACUUCGAUAUCUACCCCCUUUCUGCUUACUUCAUCACCGUGCCCCCCCUUCUCACUAUGCCUACGCUUGCUCUCAACCCAGAUUCUCUCGUCUUUGUAACCGGCGUCAACGGCCUUAUUGGUAGCCACAUCGCUGACCAGCUUCUUGAGCGCGGAUAUCAUGUCCGAGGUGCCGUUCGUGAUGUUGCUAAAGCAAGCUGGCUGUCAGAUUACUUCACCAACAAGCACAAGAAUGCCAAGUUCGAACUUGUCAGCGUCCCUGAUAUGACUCUCGACGGGUGCUACGAUGAUGUCGUGAAAGACUGCGACGGCUUCGUCCACGUCGCCUCCCCCCUCACCGGUCAAAUACCCGAGGAAACAAUCCCUAUCGCAAUUAAAGGCGGCCUAAAUGCUCUCAAAGCUGCUGCCAAAAACCCGAGCAUUAAGAGGGUUGUGUAUACCUCAUCCUCUAUCGCCGCUACAAUGCCUCGUCCCAAUACCGACUUUUCAGUUGAUGAGACAUCGUACAACGAGGUGGCCGUAAAGAAAGUGUGGAACCAUCCAGAAGACGAGCCAGAGAGCUUCAAAGGUCUGUAUAUGUAUGCGGCGAUUAAGACGGAGACGGAGAUGGCGAUGUGGAAGUGGGUGAGGGAAGAAAAGCCAGGGUUUGUAUUUAAUUCUAUUCUUCCAAACGCAAACUUCAGCAGAGUCCUAGUCCCAGAGAAACAAGGCUUCCCUUCAACGAUCGCAUGGGCACAUGCCGUGUUCACUGGUGAGAAUUUCGAUGCCAUCACUCACAUCAUUCCACCCCAAUGGUUCAUUGACACCAUUGAUGACGCACUCCUCCAUAUCGCCGCACUUAUCUACUCCGAUGUGGAUUCCGAGCGUCUCUUUGGGUUCGCUGAACCUUUCAAUUGGAACCAGAUUCUUGCGAUUUAUCGGAAGUCGUAUCCGGAGAGAAAGUUCAGGGAUGAUAUCGAAGGUUUGGGGGAGGACAGGAUGAAGAUGCCGAGGGAGAGAGCUGAGGAGUUGCUGAAGUGGAUGGGGAGGGAGGGUUGGACGGGGUUAGAAGAGAGUGUGGGAGAGAUGUGUAAGGAUUUUGUUAAGGAUGAGGAGAAGAAGAGCCCGGAGAAGUGAUACUUCGGCUUCUUCACUUCACAAAGGGCGUACUUUUCGAGGUCAGGUAAGCAAGUCUUAAGCAGCCGCGAGUGCUCUUGCAAAGCAGAUGCGUGAAUGCAUAGUAUUGUACGCGACUUUCUCAUAUGCCUUUGAUCAGUUUCAACGCGG